GCAUUUCCUCGGUUUGAAUCUAAAAAACCCAACUUUUCUCGGUUCAAAUCUCGAGAAUUAACAAAAAAAAAAAAAAAAACCUAGAGAAUUCUGAAAAUUCAUAGACCCACGAGUUGCCUGAAUCAAAGUGGCUUUGAGGAUGGAUGCAGAAACGUCUUGGACCACUUAUCCAUACAACUACAUUACUACUGCAUAUGUCCCUGAAGCUGAAUCAUACUCUGAGCAGAGCGAUGAUGAGACCAAAGUCCAAACCUUUUCAAUGGAUUCUCUUCUCCCCAACGAUUUAUUAGAAAGAAUCCUCUCCUUUCUCCCCAUUGAAAGCAUCUUCAGAGCUGGCACUGUCUGCAAAAGAUGGAACGAGAUUGUCUCUUCUCGAAGAUUCUUAUGGAACUUCUCCAACAACUCUGUUCCUCAGAGUCCUUGGUACUUCAUGUUCACUAGCACUGACGACUCAUCAGGUUAUGCUUAUGACCCGGUUAUCAAGAAAUGGUACAGCUUUGAUCUCCCUUGCAUCGAGACGUCGAAUUGGUUUGUUGCUUCCUCUUGUGGAUUGGUUUGUUUCAUGGACAAUGACUGCAGAAACAAGAUCUAUGUCUCAAAUCCGAUAACCAAACAGUGGAGAAGGCUCAUUGAACCACCAGGUCACAAGUCUACAGAUUACACCGCAUUGUCUACCUCAAUGAACAGAGCAAAACAUAGUUACUCUGUUUCUAUAGUGAAGUCGAAGCAAGUUCCGGGGGAUUUCUUCCAGUGGGAUGUAUCUAUUCAUCUCUACAGCUCUGAAACUAUGACUUGGACAACAAGUGUAACUGAUGUCUUAACCGGGUGGAGAGGAGGAGACGAGAGUGUGAUCUGCAACAAUGUUCUAUACUUCUUGAUUUACUCCACAGGAGGCUCUGAUCAUCGCCACGGUUUGAUUGCUUCUAAGUUAUCAUCCUCUAGCGGAAGCUUGAUGAGGAGUUUCAUCCCAAUGCCGUGUUCUUUAACCUGUGGAAGGCUGAUGAAUCUCAAGGAGAGGCUUGUGGUCGUUGGAGGGAUAGGGAAACAUGAUAGGCCAGACAUUAUCAAAGGGAUUGGGAUAUGGUGUUUGAAAGGAGGUGGAGGGAAAGAGUGGCAAGAAAUGGCGAGAAUGCCUCAGAGAUUCUUCCAAGGCUUUGGUGAGUUGGAUGAUGUUUUCGCGAGUAGUGGCAGUGAUGAUAUUGUUUACAUUCAGAGCUAUGGAUCUCCUGCGCUUUUGACGUUUGACAUGAAGCUAAAGUGUUGGAAGUGGUCUCAGAAGUGUCCUGUCUCCAAGAAGUUCCCUCUUCAGCUCUUUACUGGGUUUUGCUUCGAACCAAGACUUGAGAUCACUCCAUAGCUCUGAGGAAGAGGUUAUGUUUUUAAAACGGUUGAGAAAAUAUAUUCUUGAAUAGUGUUAUUACCAUAUUUUUAGUUUAAUCAAUUGAAUCCUCUCAUUAUAUCUGUCUCUGGCUCUGUUAAAAUAGAAGAACGUUUUAAACAUUGUGGCCCACAAUAUCUGGUAGUUCUGGAACUGGAGGUUGUCCUGUUGCUGUUCCUGGACUUAGAGGGUAAAUAAUUGUUUGCAUAAUAUUUUAGUAAUAAUGGUUUUUGUAAGGUGUAUCUAUUAUAGAUAGCUGUAUGUUUUGUACUUGGCCUAUUUUCAUGAUGGGAUUUGUCAGGUUUGGCAGUGUUAGGUUUAUAAAUACUGGACGACAGCUAUUUUGUUGUAUUUUAUAAUUCUCGAAUAAGGGUCACCUAUUUCAAUUUUUAAUAGCUUUACUAC